GUUGAUUUUAUAGGAAUGUGCUUAUGGUUGCUCUCUAAUCUGCGUGUAUCUGUGUCAUUUAAUGGGAUUUAUUUUGAUUUAGAAACCAUUUGUACUUCUAAUUUUCUUCAGAUUUCAGAAACAAUGGCUGUUCCCUUGCUCUCCAAGAGGAUAGUGAAGAAGAGGGUCAAAAAGUUCAAGAGGCCCCAAAGUGAUCGAAAGGUUUCUGUGGAGUCUAACUGGCGAAGGCCUAAGGGUAUUGAUUCUCGGGUGAGGAGGAAGUUCAAGGGAUGUGUUCUCAUGCCCAACAUUGGUUAUGGUUCAGACAAGAAGACUCGCCAUUAUCUCCCCAAUGGAUUUAAGAAAUUUGUUGUGCACAAUGUACAAGAGCUUGAACUUUUGAUGAUGCACAACAGAACUUACUGUGCUGAGAUAGCGCACAAUAUUUCAACCCGGAAGAGGAAGGACAUUGUUGAGCGUGCAGCACAGCUGGAUGUUGUUGUUACCAACAAAUUGGCUAGGUUGCGCAGCCAGGAGGAUGAGUAAGGUCUGAUGCAAUAUUUCUGUUUGAUUUUGUUUUAGUUCCCUUGGCACAUAAGCUCCAUCAAGAAUCUGGGCUGAUCAAUAGUUCUUGGGUGGUUUGCUUUGAAUUCUAUGGUAUUGAAGCCAAAUCUGUAGUUGUCUUUACUUUUUGGUCAAGGUUUUCACUUGAUGAUGAGAUCCGGAAAUUAUUAGCUUAUUUGCUUCGUAAUUUUUAGCGAAUGCACUUUAAAUAUCGUAUCAAUCGUACUCUUACUGCUUUUGCUAA